UAUGUCAUGAGAAAAUAAUAUAACGUUCAGGGCUAAGCAGUAAGACAUUACAAAGUCAAAAUUUGUUCGAUACGGUUUUACGUCAUCGUGACGAUUAGUCGCGUGACAUAAAAACGCGGUCGAUACAGAGACCUUUGGUUUCGAACACAUCGGCUUUUUCUAUGUUUUUGGUACUGGUUAAACAGCUAACGCUUGGCUCCAAAUAGAAGGAAUGUCCUUGAACUGGAUAAUCGAAGAGAAUAGCUUCUAAGAUCCUGUGUUUUGAUUGGCUUAUUUAAACCAACUAUGAGUUUCGACAUUCUUUAUUUAUUGAUUAUCAUUUGUAUGUUUUGAAUGUACUAAUUAAUAGUUAAACUAUCGUAGCGAGGCAUUGUCGAACCUUGCUAUCAAAAUGAUAACUUUAAGCAUAUCAGUUAAAUUAAUACUUCUGUUACCUAUUAUUUUGGUAAUUCCAUUGUGCGUGAGCAUAGAGGUACUGCAGUCUAAUCCUUCCGCGGCAAACACCUCUACAACAUUUCCUGUGGCGGAAACAGCGAAUGGCCGUGUUAGGGGUAAAGUUCUAAAUCUUCCUAACAACAAACGAGUCGUAACAUUUUUAGACAUCCCUUACGCCGAACCUCCCUUUGGGCUUCGUAGGUUCAAGGCCCCAGUUCCGAAAGAACCUUGGUCUGGUAUCUUAAGCGCUACGGAGUUUGGAUCUCUUUGCAUUCAACAUAAACAUUUCAAGAUAAAAGAUCUUAUAAGUAAUAAAAAACAAAUCAAGUUAAUUGAAGCACGUUCCCCUAACCAAUAUCGACAGAGUGAAGAUUGUUUGAGUCUAAAUAUUUACGUACCAGAGCCUGUAUUCGAGAGCGUGACAAACCCAACCAUGUCUACGUAUACUAUACCUGUUAUGGUGUAUAUUCAUGGGGGUUCUUAUGAGAUAAGUGGUGGCAGAUUUUAUCCAGGUGAAUGGCUUUCGUCGGCAGGGGGCGUCGUGGUUGUAACAAUGAACUAUCGCUUGGGUCCAUUAGGGUUUCUUAGCACAAAAGACCGUUAUUCUCCUGGAAACUAUGGAAUGUUAGAUCAAAUCUUAGCUCUGAAGUGGGUUCAGGAGAACAUCCAAUCAUUUGGUGGGAAUCCGGAUAAUGUUACAAUUUUUGGAAACAGUGCAGGGGGCGCUUGUGUGAGCCUACACAUGGUGUCUCCAUUAUCUAAAGGACUGUUUUCAGCAGCUAUAGCGCAGAGUGGGAGCUCUGUUGCCAGAUGGGCUAUUCAGCGUAAUCCGUUCCGUUACGCAUCCCGCUUGGCUCGGAGUGUCGACUGUCCAAAGAGCGCAAACACUAAAAAUCUCAUGAAAUGCCUUCGAAGAGUUGCAGCAAAUGCUCUGGCUAGGACAACCCGUAUGGCGGAUGCUCUUGGUAUUUGGUUUGCGCCUGUGGUGGAUGGAUAUUUUCUACCAGACUAUCCGGAAAAGCUCAUUCAACGAGGCCGGUAUAAUAUGGUUCCUUUCAUGACCGGUUUCACAAAAGAUGAAGUCUCUAUAUGGAUGGAGCACUACGAAGAUCCUGCAGAAGAGCAAGUUACCAAAGAAAAGCUGAAAGAAUACUUGAAAAAUAUGCUGGAUCCAAAAGCCGAUAACUCAAACAACCUGGAGGCAUUAGUUCAUGCUGUACAUACAGAGUAUGUUGUUCGACGACAUCACUCUAGUGGCUUCAACAAUUCAACACAGAAUGCAACAACUGCUAAUAUUCAUACUUUGGUACAGAUUUUGGGAGAUGCUGGGUUAAAAGCACCCUGUGUGAAGCAUGUUCAGUUGUUAGCAAACCAGAACUACACUCCUGUUUAUCUAUAUGAAUUUACAUACUCUAGCAGUGAUGAUUGGAUAAGUAAGGACCGACCUUGGCUAGGAGCAUACCAUGAGAGUGAGAUGUACUAUAUCUUAGGUUACCCACAACUGGCUGUCAAGAAUGCUUACCGAACCCUAGAAGAUCAAGCUGUUAGUAAUUUGCUUGUCAAAUUGUGGAGUAACUUUGCUAAAUAUGGAAAUCCAACACCAAAGCAUUAUGAUGUCCAGAUCAAUUUUACAUGGCAGCCAUACACUAAAGAUGAACCAGUCUAUGCUGACCUAGGAGAGCAAGCCAUAGUGAAAAUAAGUGAUCAUAUGAGCAGCAUGAAUUUCUGGAUCAACUUUGUUCCACUGUUUACUGACUAUCCAUUGAAGAAUGACAGAAGAGUUCAGUGUAAUUUGACAGUUUUUGUGAUGACUUCCAGCUUUCUGGGACUGACAUCUUUUCUCUGCAUUACCCUUAUUCUAUAUGCUUGUAUCCAAAGAAGACAUCGCCCUGGUGUUGUUUUGAAAGAUCCCCCAACAUCAGUGUGAUAAGAUAGAUAACCAGUUACUUCCUAUGUUAAAAGCUAAUGAACACACACUCAGACAGGGGCAUUGCUGGGCACUGGGACCAUAGGGCCUGUAAGACAGGUGUAUUUCACAGUUACACAAAUUUAUCUUAUGUAACCUUUAAUAUACUACAUUGCAAUUAUUUUUUGAUUAUUCUCAGUAGUAGCCACUUCUUGGAGCCCAAGCCCCAAUCCUUUCAGUAGCCAGUAAUGCCCCUUCACUGAGAUAUUACAAGAAGUGAUUUAAUUUAAUACCCUAUCUUUAAGGGUUUCACCUCAAAACUACAACCAAGCUAGUUUUAACUUCCAUUAGAUAAUGAUCCUUCCAAUGUAUAUAAGGUACAGUUAAUAUUUCUUUUAAUUAAUAGAUGUAGUUAGACCUUACGAUUGUUAUAGGUGAUUUAAUUCAACUUCUUAUAUUUCAGAAUAUUACCACAAACAAGUUACAACUGAUGUGGUUACAAAAACGUUUUGUUUAAAGAUAUCAAAAGAAAAAAGUCACAACUAAUCUGCUAUUGAAUAUAAUAUUGGCAUACAAGUUCUCUUACCUAUAAUAACAGUGGAAUUGAUACCCAUAUAGUAUUUAAAUACUUUUAUUUAUAACAAUCAGAAAGUUUAUUUACACUAAAAAUAACUCAUAUUUACAGUAAUUUACUUAAUUAUUUCUAAAGAUCAAAAUGUUUAAACUAAUAAUGAAAAACUCAUUUCUAGAGUAGGAUAUCUAGCCUUAAUUACAUUUCAUUUUAACACUAAAAUAUUUUAAAUACAAUUAAAAACACCACUUUUAGAGUAGAACGUUCCAACAUAAUUACUAUUUUUAUCAGCCACAUAGUCUAAUAUGUAUGUACGUAGGAUAAGAACUCAUGAUGGUUUAUAAGUUAGGUAAGCAAUUACGUUGUUCUUCUUGGUAAAAAAAUCUACCAGCAGUUCAAUCUCUAUACUUUUAUAUUCUGGAAUUAGAGGUUUUAUUAUCACUUUAGCUUCCUGUUAGUGAUUAUAACAAAACUACGUAUUUGUGUUGCUUGUUGUCAUGGUUAAAUACAAAUGUGAAACACUUUUGCUCUUUUACAAAAAAAAAAAAAA